AUGUCUCAGCCGCCAAUACACCCUGACCCGACCACUUGUCCCGACGUCACUGAUCAUCCUGACAAUGACCCGACAUACCGGAGUGAGGUCAACUGGGGCUCUGUCAAAACGGUUGCGAGUAGCGGUAUACAAAUCGUGUACGGUGGGCCUCAUUAUGGCCGCGACCCUGUCAAUUCCCCUCCCAGAGGCAUUGGCAUCUGGAAACGUAAGAGCCCUAACUAUCGCAGUUGGGAUGGGCUCCUCGAGCUACCAUUGCAUCUAAUAGUUACUCGUUGGAUCUUGUCAGGUGUUACCUUUGGUUUGCGCCUACCGAUCAUGGGUAUGCCACCCCGUGAGCCAUCAAGCAUGUUGAUGCAAGAGGCUCGGCGUAGGAUAGAGCCGUUCUCCCAUUGGUUUGCGUAUGCGACCGUGGUCCCGGCUAGACUUUUGGCCGAGUGGGUCAAUAUCGACCCGAAGACAGCAACUAUGCAAUUGAGAGGCUCAUGGAGAGAAUAUAAUUACUCAACAGCAUCUCCGCAAGAAGACAUGGAACGUGAUGAUGUCCGUGAAGAGCACAAAUCGCUUGACAACCUUUACUAUAUCCAGCUCCUCAGGAAUGAGCUGCCCUCCUUUCACUUCUGGUCAUACACAGACCCUAUCGGGAAUACGGGUGAGAUGCGUCAUGGCUUGAUAGCAAAAGGAGCCGGCGCAUGUUAUGAGAUAGAAGGGGACAAUCUGAUCAGCAACAUUCAUACCAGUUUCAACAGGGUACAAAAUCUGCCACUGUGCAACAGUGAUCCACUUGAAUCAGAACAGAUCACAAACACAGACCCCAGCCAUAGCCGUCAGAAGAGUCGAACACGAUCCAGAUCGCCAGGGGGUGGAAAGGCACAGACAAUUUAUAGAACCAGAAGUGAUGACGACUGGCCUCGUCCAUCUCAUAGAGUCAGAAGACGCCGAAGAGUCAUUCAGGACAUCUCAUAUAUACCAGAAACGGGGGAGGGUGAAGAGAUGCAAGAAGUGAAGAUCAACAGGAGGAAGAAGAGAAAGGCGGGAGAUGAAGAGGCUUACAAACCGGAUCUGGCUGCAAGGGUGAGCACAGCGACUCUGAAUGGAUCUGAAGAAGACGAUGCAGAGGAAUAA